AUGCCCGGCGCCCGCGAGCGGCUGGCGGCUUUCGGGCUCCGCGCCCCCCGGCGGAUGCACAGGGCUCCUCCCACACUACCCCCUGGCUGGAGGCUCCUCCCACCUCCCCGCGGCCCGAGGCUCCUCCUACCCACCUCCCGCCCUCCUCUUGUUUCUUUUACCUUCGAUUUCACUCUGGAAAGCCCUCGGGAUCCAAGGGCGACUGCUGGAAGACAGCCCAAAGGGGUAGCUGGAGUGCGCCUUGGGAGGGGGAGCUGGACGAGAAUCGACACCAAGGAGGACACGGUCGCUCGCGCCGCUGCUGCCUGGCGGCGCCUGGCACCGACUGGAUCUCAGCCCCAGCGCUGUGUGUGCCAAGCGCUGCCAGGCGACUGGAUGGAAGGCGUCCAACCUGAUAAAUUAUGGUGUAGAAGAAUGGCCUGUGUAGACGAGCUCUGGGUACUAAAGUUGCGAGACCAAAGAGGACCGUGGGCCGCCUGCCACACCUCCUCCUGGCUUGGCCGCCUUCUAGCUGCGCGAUGGGCUCCGUCGGACCACGAUGAGCACUACUACAGCGCCCCCUGCUGCACGGCAACACAAUGCUUGGAAAACAGACCUGUAAAGGGCUGACUGACCCCGCCCCCUCUCCCCUCCGCCCUCGAAGGGAAGCACCUAACUAGCGAGCUUUCCAGGACUCAGGCGAGAAAUCGAAUCCCCUGGAUGUCAGGCAGCUGCCUGAAAAGUAAAUACUGUGGUUUGGGUGUCAGCGAAACACAGCUCCAUCUUUUCCUGAUUUCACAAAAAAAUCUGUGUAGACACAGAUGAAGUGAUGAAUAUUUAUUAUAUCUAUUAUGCCAUGCACGACGGACCCAUUUUUGUUCCCUGAGAUACAGAAGCAUACAUAAAAGAGAGUUGUAUCUUUAAAGGCAGAGACUGAUCUUUUACCUUUUUUUUUAACCUCUGCUUAUUGUUGAAAAGUUUAAAAAAUCCUGGUAGUUGACCCAUCAAGUUCCUCUGUAUCUGUAUCCCUCCACUGCAUUUACAUGUUAAUACUGGAUCCUAGUUCACUGGCUGAAGAGCACCCAGGAGUUGGAGUCCGCACUGUGCUAUUAUUACCUGAGAAGCCUUUGGCCAGUCACUUAACCUCCUUGUGCCCCUUUUUUUCUCACCAUUAUGAAGCAGUGAUGAAAAUAAUACCUAUUUAUGGGUACUAUUAUUAAGAUUAAAGUAAUUAAGGUGUGAAACACCUAGAAGCAA